AUGGAGUACUAUAUUCCCUUCUCUGACGCUCCAACAGUUAGCAAAGCUCGCCUAUGGUUUAACGUUGAAUGCACCCAAGCUGAUAAACUCAUCCGACCUGAAUCCUAUCGAGCAUAUUUGGAACAUGUUAUAACGAAAAGAUUUGACAGAUUUUCCGCCAAAUUGACGACGGAACAACAACUAAACGAACACUUCCAAAGAACAUGGGAUCUCAUACCGCAGCAAGACAUUGACAAUUUAAUUUUAAGUAUGAACAAUCGAUGUCAAUGUGUACUUAAUGUAAGAGGUGGCAACACUUAUUACUAA